AGCGCCGACCCCGCCGCGCUCUGUCCGCAGGCAUCCAGGAGGCGGAGCGUCCUUGUGGACCACCACACCUGAGGGCAGGUAAGGGCGGGCGCCGCGCCCUGGGGCUGCCGCCACCGCUACCCCCGAGCCGAGUCCCGGCCUCAGCCAGGCCCUGUUCUCCGUGCCCCGCGCAGAGCGGCCCGCGCGCGGGUGCCGAUGGCAGCCGAGGGUCUGCCUGCGGGGGACCCCGCAGCGGCCCCGUCCGGCUGGGAGCUGGAGGCCUGGUACCAGGACCUGCAGGAGGUGCUGGCGGCCGCGGAGCCCAGCGGAGCGCCCCCGCCCUGGGGGCCCGAGCAGGCGGCGCUGUGCGGCGCGGAGGGCGCGGGCCCGGAGCCCUGCGCGUUGGACGCUGCCCUGGCCGCGGAGCUGCUGGAGCUGCUGGGGCCGGAGAGCGGAGCCGGCCCCGAGCCAGCGCCGCCGGGCGCAGCCUCCGGACGCGGGUCCCCGCCCCAGGAGGCGGCUGCCGCUGCCCGGCGCGGGGUGAAGCGGCAGCUCCGCGGCGGCACCGCGGCGAGCCGGGAGCGCGCCAAGCACCGGGAGCGCGCCAGCGAGCAGCGGGUGCUGGAGCUGACGGCGCACAACGAGCGGCUCCGCGCCGAGAUCCAGCGGCUCAGCACCGAGGUGCAGCGCACGCGGGCGGCCCUCAUCGACCGCAUCGUGAACCUCCGCCGGGCCUAGGCAGC